GGGGUGUGGAGGAGAUUUCGUCGUCGUGCAAGGUUUUACGCCACUGACUGGUGCAACCUCGCUCGAUCGACGUUCGCUCUCGACUCUUCAGUUUCUUCGCGGCACCUCAACGAGAUAGGCGUACCUGUGAGGAGCGCUUUCGCGAUUCGAUCGUCAGAUUUUUUCCCUUUUUCUGCUGCUACUGCUGCUGCUGUGUGCCUUUCUUCCUCCCCGAGUUCCAAACUGCCCAGAGUUUAGACCCCGACCGAGAAGACCAAAAGGAGGAAAGACCGUUCGCGUCGUCGUGUCGCUUGUGUCUUUUUCUGCUGGUUUUAACUUUGUUAAGUUGUGCAGUUUUUCGGUUUGGAGCGAAGUCCGCUGGAAAGAAGGCAGAAAAGCGCUACAAAUGUGCUAAAAUUGGGAACGUGGACGGCAAGCCUAGAUCGCCUAGAGCUGCCAAGUGUCGUAUUGUGUGCGCUGCAACCGCGCUGCGCUGGUUGUGCUGACUUCAACGACGCCUGUCUCCAACUCCCAUGUUCGUUGUUGGGUGUGUUUGUGUUGAAAAUAUUCAAUAAGAUAGGAAAAAUAAAUUGUGCUCUACGAAAUAUGGAAGGCAGGAUGCCGCUGCAGAAGGCCCCUUCCCAGAUGGUGCUACUUUGAAGCAUUUUGUGCAGUGCGAAAAUGUUUAUGAAAUGUCAAACCAUCAGAAGUGCUUCGGAAAGUGACAAACCGUGGUCGUGAGAGGUCGAGAGUUCGAAGGAGUGCGAGUGCGCCGAAUUGUGUGGAACAUCGCAUCGCGAGGCUGCAGAUGGCCGUUGAUCGAUGGAGUGAAGCAGUGGGACGCAACAGAAGAAAAUUCGCAAAAAUGAAAAUAUUUUUGCCAUUAGUGGUGUGGAUAGUGCUGUUAUUUCGGACGACGAGUGCCCAGUACUCGGCGUCCCGGAAGAACGUCGGCAUCUUCGGACUAAAGCACGAGGUGUUUUUUCUGAACCUCGAGGAUGGCUACUUCGGGUGCCAGGUCAACGAAUCCACAGACUAUCUGCAGCUGUACGAGCUGUCCAAACUGUGUGAUGGCACAUCGGAUUGCUACAUGGGCUCCGAUGAGCUUAGAAAUAAGUUAAAAUGUACAAAUGAUUGUGAUAAAGAUGGCACGGCGUGCUCGAACGGAGUGUGCCUAGAAGGCCUUUGCCAUUGUAAUGAUGGCUUUGGAGGUUGCAAUUGUCAAGUUCCAGACGAAAACGAGUGUAAAUAUCGACCUUGUGACGUUUUCGCGCACUGUACAAAUACUUUAGGUAGCUUUACUUGCACGUGUUUUCCUGGCUACCGGGGCGACGGAUUCCAUUGCGAGGAUAUUGACGAAUGCCAAGAUCCCGCGAUCGCCGCUCGAUGCGUCGAGAACGCAGAAUGCUGCAACUUACCAGCGCAUUUUGUGUGCAAAUGCAAGCCAGGAUUCGAAGGGGACGGCGAGGAACGGUGUACAGGUAAGUGUUUGGAUCGCGUCGCUAUCCUCGCCAUCAACGGUAAAGUUGGGCAGGGCGGUAGCAGUCCCCCGGGUUGUGACCUCCGUAUGUAAGGGAAACAAAUUGUG